AGAACAUUUAAUAUGUCCUCAAAGCUAAAGCAGUGGAGCGCUAAAGAAAGUAUAAUGAUAAUUUGGAAGUUUAAAAAAAAAUACUGACUUGCUACUUGUAACUGAUUUAUUUAUUACCCUGGCAACAAGUAGCUGUUUCGCCAUCUAUCUACCUUCACCCUUUCUUUCAUUGAUAUGGUUUCGUCAAACAUCUAUUUCACGGCUACUUUUCUGUUACAGGUCUCCCUUACCUUUUGCUGAUUAUUUUAACUCGGAAAUAACUUACAUUGUUAACAUUUGAUGCCAUUAAUCACCCACUCUUCUCUCUCUUUCCUUUACAAUACUACCUGUCCAUUUACUAAUCGUUAAUAACAAACUUGUUCCAUAGAGCUCUGGACCUGUAUAUUGACAUUUAUUGAUUACUUUCACACAGGACUUCGUUUCGAGGUCGGAAAAGAAAAUUCAUCUAAGAAGGAUACUUAGGUGAAGCUUCAAGAAUAUUCUCGUUUUACUUUUUUUCUCUUUUUACUUUCAAAAUAAUCAUAUUUGGUCGAUAUUUAGAUGAAAGUUAACUACAAAAGUUUUUUUUUCUUUUGCUCCUUUCCAGAAGAACUUUCGACUUUCAUUCGUUAAAAUAUUUAUUGGUAGUAUUGGUACUCGUCUUUGAGUUCUGUAAUAGAUGAAGAGACUAGUAAUUAAUAAGAGAGGAAAAUGGUGGGGGAUAAAAAAUCAACUAUAACUAACGAAUAGUUAUUGUAGUCGAUGUUUACAUAUUUUUAAUGAAAAUGACUCAAAGGGCUUUGAAGAAAAAAAAUGUUGGGGGAAAAUUCAUUGUAAAUUCUCAGGAGGACGAUUUACCAGUAGAUAUUUCCAAUUAUAGUUUUGAGAAUUCACCGAAGCUAACAAAUGGUUCAAACUCGAAAACACCAUCAUUCCGAAGUGAUCUCAUUCAUCCAGGGUUUGUAUUUUUAAAAUCUCGAUUGAAAAAAAAAUCUGUGAUUUCUAAAGCUGAUACAAAUGAGAAAAUUCAUGCAGAUCCAUGUCGUCCAUUGUUUCAACUAAAGAAAAAACAGAGUCCUGAUUUAAAUGGAGAAGAUAUUUUCGUGAUCACCCCAAUCGAUGUUGAAAAUAAUGUAAACAACAACAGCUCUUCUGAAGGUUUCAAUUCAUUAAAAGAACAAACAACUAACGAUAGUAGAUGUCCUGACUCAAUACCUUGUACCUUAGAUAAUAGAGUUACCAGGUAUGUUCUACCCGAAAAUGUAGAGGAGGAAGAUUCUGGGAGGGGAGUUUCUGAAAAUUCCGUCUCUGACAUAGAUUGGCAAGAUAAGACGACGUCACAUAGAGAAACAGCGACGUCACGUCAGGUAAAAAACGACACACCUAUUAAUUACUUUUCAAUCACUAACAGGCCGUCAACUGUUCACGACCCACCUUUAACUUCACAGCGUAACUCGUUCCACCAGCAACAACCACACAUGUCUCCUUGGCCACUUUCAAACCAACCUUUAAAAAUAUCAACACAACGUAAAAUUUCGAAGCCUUCAGGGGAAUUUAUUUUAGUCGGACAAUACGAAUCCAGACAUGAACCGUUACAAUAUGCUCCAUCUCCUUUAAGUGAUUCCAGGGGCAAAUAUUCCAGCAUGCCUUCGUUAGCGAUACUUGGAAACAAUUCUAAGGAGGAGAAAAAAUUAAAAAAGAUAUUGAAGAAAGAAAAAAAGAAAGAAGAAAAACGGAUGAAAAAAGAUAUGAAAAACAAAGAUUCGUUUCCAAGUUUUACUUUACCUCACAAUACGAAAAUUCACAGACCUUAUACAGUUUACGAGAAACCAAGGCCUGAAUGGAAAUUAACCCCUGUCCCUAUCUCCAUAGAAGAGCCCUUGUAUGCUGUUCCCAUCAUUUAUGACAAACCUAAAAUAGACCAUUAUGCUAGUAGCCCCGAUUUAUUAAGAUUACAGCAGAUAUAUAACAUUGGGUCGCCUGAAUGGUUACCCCAACCUGUUGAUAACAACAGUAAUUAUGCUCCUCGGGCAGUUACCCUUCGAAAAACUCCCAAUGGUUAUGGCUUUGUACUACGAGGAGCUAAAUCUGAUCUUCAAUUUCUUAACCAUGUUUCAAAUAAUUCACCUGCCGUGCAGUAUCUGGAUACUGUGGAUGUUGGUAGUGCUGCUGAGAAGGCAGGUCUUAGAGCUGGGGAUUUCAUAUUGGAAAUCAAUGAUGAAAAUGUAACUAGAGCUUCCCAUGAACACGUUGUGAAGUUAAUCAAGAAUUCAGGCAACAUGCUGAGAAUGACAGUUUUAACUGUAAAACCAACAGAUCAGGACAAAAAUGCAUUCGUCCAUGAAGAUGGUUCAUUCACUCUACCAAGUCGCCGAAGACAAGCACCUGAGCCACCAAGAAGAGAUCCUUCUACAUCUUUAUCUUUUAGUAAAGCAAAAUCGAAAUCUUUUGCAGAAGGAAUGGCUGAAAUUGAAAAACUGGAUCAAACUCUUGCAGAAUAUGAAGUGUGUGAAAGCCCAUCAAAGGAAAAUAGUUACGGUUAUCAGAAUGCAAUGAAAUCUGAAAUAAAAACUGCUUCUAUUAGGGCUGCUUAUGCUAAAAAACGGCUGUCUAAUAUUGAAAUUGAUAACAUUUGCUCUAUGGAGGCCCCACACAAACCUGAUCGUUUAAGCCCCUCAGAAGUGCGCAUUAAAAAAUAUCACAAAAAGACAAGCAGUCUAGAAAAAUCUCGGAGUACACCAAAUCUUGCUCCUGACAUAGAUAAUGUACAAAUUUCUUCAGGAAACAGUUCUUACAGCAGCAAUUCCUCUGGACCUUUGAGAAGUCAACAAGCCAAAAUGAAUGCCAGUCAGAUAAAUCAGUUGUAUCCUGCACCAUAUCUGGGAAGUCUUUCUCAUCCUCCACCAGGAAUGGAUUUAUCUGGUUGUAGACAUUCAGUUGCUAUUGGAUCUUCUGUGCAUAUCAAUUCUUUACCAAGCAGAGGUAAAGCUUACCCAGUUCCUCCACCUGUGGUGUCAAACCAUUAUAAUGUUUCUCCUAAAGAGCAUGUUCCUCCUCCUCCACAAGUUAUAACAAUAAAUAAACAGAAUGAUCAGUCAGUUAAUUCUGCAGAAGAAUCGACCCAACAGAAUUCUUAUGAAUCAAGUUUCAGACCUGGAACUGUGGCAGUAUUUGGUAAUAAUAAAAAAUUAGUUACAAACCAAUCUUCAGUCAAUCAGGCAAAAUCUCAUAAACCACAAGAUAGUUUGAAUAGAAAUAAAGCUGCAAGCAACUUCAAUUCUAAUCUGAAUAGUGUAACUAAAACAGUAAUUGCAGAUGUUCAUCACAUUGACCAGUCACAAGGUACUCAACACUAUUCAAAUGGUACACAAGAUAAAUUCUAUGAGCCUCUUCCUGACUAUGGAUCUGAAGGAGAGGACAACUUACCACGCGAUGGCAAUGGUAAUAUUAUUUCAGUUGGUUCAAAUCUCACUAAAAAUAGAAUGUCAUUGGCAGUACCUCCCUCUUCAUCUUCUUCUUCAUCUGAGAGUUUCAAGACAGCAUCAACUACUCCUUCUUUUCAAAAUACUAUAGACCCACAAAUAAUUCCUCCUCCACCUCAAUUCUGUCCACCUCCUCCACCUGAAUUUUCUCAUGCUCCUCCUCCUCCCCCUCCUCCUCCUCCUCCUCCAUCUAAUCAAUUGUGUCCCCUUCCUCCUCCCCCUCCUCAAUUCAGUUCUGCUCCUCUUCCUGAAUCCCAGGACAGUCAAACAGCAGACCAAGGAAAUGAAUUACUAAAUGAAAUUAAACGUGCUGCACAGGAAAGACAGAAUCGAUGUAAAGAUGAAAUUCCAGAGAAGACCACACCCAAACCCACUAGUGUCAACUUAACUUCACAAGAUAAAAAUCAAGCAGAAAUUUUACAAGCUGUAGCAAAACGACGUUCAAUGCUGGAAAAUUCUGAUGAAAAUGUUGUUGUAAAUCAAAUUGAAGCCCAAAUUCACAAAGCUAAGAAACUACAAUAUUCUAAGUAUUAUUUCACUGGCAAUAGAAUGCAAAAAGUAGUGAAAGAAUUACCUGAGGAGAACACAUUAGAGGUUGAGGAGAAUAAACAGAACACUGAAGAGAACAAACCGGUAGUUAAAGAGAACAAACCGGUAGUUAAAGAGAACAAACUGGUUGUUAAAGAUGCUAAAGUAGAUGUUAAACAGAAAGGAUUAAAUGAAGGAAAAAUAAACUCAGCUUCUUCAGAAGACAAACCUAUAUCAAAAGUACUUUUGAAACCUAAGUUGUUGGAAAAAUCUACUGACAAGCUGCCAACAGAAAGUAAUAGUAAUAAGACUACAGAGAAAACACAACAAAAUCAAGGUAUAAAAUCUCUGAACGGUAAAGUAGAACCACAUGUAAAUGAUGAUUCCAAGAAAGGUCAAGAAGAUUUUCUAAUUAAAGCUGAAAAAGCACGUCAGAGGUACCUAAGUCGGAAAUCAUUAGGUACAAAUAAUGAAACAGCUGAUAAAGCCAACAGAACAGCUACACAAACUGAAAUAUCUGAUAAACCAAACAACAUAAAUGCACAUACUGAAACAUCAGAGAAACCAAACAGAAUGGCUACACAUAGUGAUACAACAGAUAAACCAAACAGUACAGCUACACAUACUGAGACAAUAGAUAAACCAAACAAAAUAGCUAUAAAUAAUGAAAAAUCUGACAAACUAAACAGUACAGCUACAAAUAAUGUCAAAUCUGAUAAGUCAUACAACAUAGCUAGAGUUAAUGGGAAUAAAACAUACAACACUAAAAAAGAACCUGAACCUUGUGUAAUCAGCCACAAAACUGUGGAGAAAGAAAAUAAGAUAAACACUGACCAAACCAGGCAUGGAAUACAGAACAAAAACAAUGCAUUGAUUAAGAGAUCGGCCAGUAAGGUUCACAUUGAAAUAAAACCAGCUCUACAUGUUUCACCAAAACCAAUUAGUGGUGUGUCCAUAAAAGAAAGAAUUGCUAAUUUACAAAACAACAAUGGACUUGCUUCAAAUAAUUCAAAGGAUGGAGUGAAGUUAAUAACUGUAAAGGGAGUGACUACAGGUCAUUCUAAUACUGACCCAUCUAAUUCUUCAGACUGUUCAACUCCUAGUCAAUCUCCAUAUCAUUCCAGUUUUGUUACAAUCGUUGCACCACCUCCUGGGUUUUGUGAUUCUGACCCAGAUGAAAGGGCUACUGAUGAGCUUCCAUCAUACCCUACUUUACAAACUUUACCGGCUCCACUAUCUGAGUUAUCUAUUUCGGUUGAUCAGAUUGGAGAUAUACAUCCACCAGAUGAUUCUCUGAGCCUUAUCUCUUCUCUUUCAACAUUGUCAACACUCUCUACCUCAAGCACAGAACAUCCAGUUGACAUUGUCCAUCCACCACCAACUAGCUUUCAAGAUGGUUCUAGCCCUGUAUCAACAGAUCAAGGUUUUGAAGAAUCAUUUAUAGCAGCACCACAUGAAUUUAAUGAACCACUGAAAAAACACAAUAUAACAAAACAUUCUUAUCAAGAUAAAUCAAUUGAAGAGUGGUUGUACAUGGAUGUUCUUGAGUGGCUUGAUAGCUUAAAACUGACACAAUAUAAAACUAAUUUUUCUCAUCAUUGUAUUGAUGGUAAAAAAUUACUUAACCUUAACAGAAAUGAUUACUUAAUGCUUGGUAUUACACAAGUUAGUCAUCGACUAAAUUUGGAGAAGGCCAUCAAAAAAGCUUUACUGACAUCAAAAAGCUGUCAGAAAAGCCCAGUGACCAGUAAAAUUUCAUCAUCAAAGUCUCACUGAUGUCUUUACCUUAUUGAAAUGUAUGUUGCUGUAUAUUAAGUCUGUGAAUAGUACUGGAAUUGAGUUCUGACUGUGAUAGAGAAAUUCAGGUGACUUGCUUGGUUUCUUACUCGUUAUAUACUAUUCUAGAACUACUGUUAUUAACCUACCGUUGAACUCAAGCUAAUGUUGGAAAUACGAAGCCAAAGCUAAUAGAUAAAGUUAUAUCUAUUGGGAAAUUCUAUAAAAUGUUGAAUUAUCUCAACACGCACACACAUAUAACGUUAGACUGUAGCUUGAAUCAUUUAUGAAAACACAAUAUAUUCUAAAAUAGUAUUAAAAUUUAUAUAAAACUUCUUUGUUUUUCUACUACAGCGGUUAUUAAUCCAUAAUAAUCUUCAGGUUUGUUAUAAUUAACUGAUUUACUUUAUAAGUAAAUUCCUAUAUUUGAAGUAAAAUUUCACAGUUAUAUUGCAAAUCAACUUCUCAAUGAACUGUUUUGUUUUUUCUAACUUCCCAAUAUUGGAACCAUAACCCUCACAGUGUAUAUAAUAAUGCAUUAUACAACCAGCACACACACUGGAUAUUGUUUUUUGACAAAUUAUUGAAUAUUAAAAAAUAUUUUAUUUAUUAUUAAAUAUAAUAAAACUAUUAGUUCUAUUAUAUUUAUAAUCAGUUACUUCACAUUUUAAAUAUUUUAUUUAAUCUCUAUAAAUAUUCAAGUGAUACUGUUAACGAAAAUUGCAACCCUUCAUUUUAGAAGUCUAUUCCAUAUACCCUUUUAACAGCGCUUCCAAAAUAAAUAUGAUCUUGCCCUCUAAAAAAUAUGUUCGAUCUGUAAUUGCUUGUUUGUUCAAUUUUGGAAGAUUUUCCAUAUGAUUUAGAGAAAUAUCUCUUCAUAAUCCUUCAUUAUGUCACUGUUGUUGACAUAGAAAGUUUUUAAGUUUCCAAUGCUUUCUCUUGCCAUAGUUAUUUUACUUGAAAUUUUUCUGGUGUUGAACGAUUUUGUUUUAUAUCCUCUCAAAUUCUCUUGAUUCCAUUAGAAGAUAUUUAAUUAAAUAAAAUGUAAUCUUAUUUCAUAAAUAAAUAAAUUAAACACAAUUUCCUAAAUUUUCAUUUUGAUUAGUAUCAAUUAAUAAUUAAUAUAAAUCGAAAUUUUUUUGAUACAUUUUAUUUUUUAGAAGGUUUUAUCAAUUUAAUAUUCACAAUUCUGUUUUAAUUAUAACAGCUAUAUAAGUACAUAACAGAUAUUUUGUAUAAAGAAGAGUUUUAUAAUCUUCAAAACACUAAGACAUAAACCAACUAUUCUGGUAUUCUUAACAAAAUUAAAAGUGUAAAGUUGUAUAAACUUUCCUUGUUUUAUUGAAAUUGGAAAAUAGCUGAAAUUUGUCCUAAGUGAUGAGCUGUUUAUUUUACAAUCUACUUCUUAAAAUCACUUCAGUUGAUACUCCUAGGAAGUAAGUCAUAAAAUAAAUAACACAAUAUUAAAAAUAA